AUGACUUCAGAAGAUAGCAAUGAUUGCAAACAUACAUGUUUCAUUUAUUUACCAGAUGUUUGGAUACCAUUUGAUAAAUGGCUUUGUUUACAUCCAAAAUAUCGAACUAUUUUUUAUCAAACAAUUGAGCAACUUUUUUAUGGUAGCGGUCCAAUGGCAAUAUGUGAGCGACAUUAUAUCGCAUUAAUGGCUGCAAGUAGACAUCGAUGUUAUUUCUUAAUGGAUUUACACGGACGUGAAUUUGAACGUACUGGUGGAAAGAGUGAAUGGUUGAAAGGAUUAUCGUAUGCUUCGGAAAAAAUUCAAAAUAUUGAUGUAUUAAAUACAAUCUUAGCUCAUCAACCAUGGUCAACAAAUGUUGAUCAUUUGGCCAUGCUUAUAAAAUGUUGUUCACCAGCAAAUUGGUGUUUAUCUGAAUUAGUUCAAGCAUCAAUUGUAUUAGCACAAACUCAUGUAUUAUGCUCAUUUAUUCUAGGAAAUGAUAUCAAAUAUUCAAAUGAAAGUUCACUCAAGGUAAUAAACGACCAAAAAAAAUGGAUUGGAAAUAGUAAUAGCGGUGAUAGUGGCGGUGAUAGCACUGAUAAUGAUGAUUGUAAGAUUGAGGUAUUACUGGGAUAUAUGGAACAGUUGAAAAAAUCACAAUUAAAUAAUGAUGUAAAGCAAACAGAUGACGAGGCUAAAAUGCAAAUGGAUUUUUUGAAAGUGCAAAACGAUUACGAUGAAAUCAAAUCUACAAAUUCUGUUAAAAGCGAGGAAAUAUUAAUAGCAGAAAAUAGAUUGAAAAAUAAUUGUAUGAAAAAAAAUUCGAUGGAAAAUUCCAUAAUAUCUCAUAACAAUAUUUCAACGUUAUAUACGUUUAAUAAUCAUUUUGGUUACGUUGAUUUUGCUCAAUGUGCAGAAGAUGGUUUUACUCGAACACAUAAAAUUCACGAAUUUUCAUGGGAAGAUCAAGGCUAUAGCUGUGUUGAUGAAUUAUAUAAUGAAAUGGCGGAUAUUUUGGAUAAAAAAAUGACACUUAUUCAAAAUCUUACUUAUUCCACAAUGGGUGCUUAUAGUGAUGUGGAUACAAGUAAAUAUCGAAAUGCAAUUUGGAUGUACAUUCAAUCGUUAUAUGGUAUUCGACACGAUGAUUAUAAUUAUGCUGAAGUAAAUAUUAUGCUUAAUCGUAAAAUGAAAACAUUUAUCAAGAUGACAUGUUGUCAUCCACAUCAAAUAACAGAUUCAUUGCGACAGUCUGUUAUGAUCGAUUUUAGAUCAUCUGAAAAGGUACAUGUAUUACUGAUAAUGAUGGAAGCACGUCUUCAAGCGGAAUUGAUUUAUUUCUUUCGUGCUCUUGUCAAAUUCAAUAAUUCCUCAACAGUUGCUUAG